UAACUGUCAAAUGUAGAAGAAAAAUAAAACAUAACCCAACAUAACCUAAAACCUCUUUAGAUUAGUGACAAAAUUUAGAAUAAUUUUCUAUUUUAAAAUGACUAUGUUUGUAAAUUCAAUGAAAGCGUUUUGUAAUUCUCGCUCCUUAUUAUAUAGCAGAUCAAUACAUGUUACAAAAGCUCUAAAUCUCUAUUCGCCGGCUGCACUUGGUAUUGAUGGAUAUCUUCAAUCACGUAAAAGGGUGAAGGACCAAUUUUUUAAUUUUACCGAUACCUUUAGGGCCAAAAUGCGGGAUUUUGUGUCAGAACCUAAACACAUGAUAUUUACAGAAGAUUUAAAAAACAUGGUUCAUAUGGCUGAGCCAACAGAUUUAGAUCUUAUUUUAAAUAUGAUUAAGAAGUUCAACAAUCAAAAUGUAGAAUUUAGGUUUGGUUCAUUUAUAUUUGGUCCAGUAGUAAUGAGAAUGUUUCAUUUCUUGGAUGCACCUAAUGAAGCAUUAAAGUCCUUUGAAGAUCCAGAAAAUAGUGGUUUCUAUGACCAGCUUGUCUCCUACCAGAUAUUACUUGACCUACUAUACAGCCAUGAAAUGUUUGAUGAUAUGUACAGAGUGUUUGAAAAAGUACAAGAAAAACAGUUGAAUAUGACAAAAUUCCCUAAAUAUCCCUUGAUACUUGUUUUAGCUGCCUGUUAUAAACAAAAUACACCAAAAAGUUUGGAGUAUGCAACAAAAAUAUGGACAGAAAUGACAAGUGUCGGGACUGUGCCGGUCAGAAGAGCUGCCACAUUAUUUGCAGCGCUGGCAUUAAAUCAGGGAGCCCCACAUAUCGCCUUGGAGAGUAUAUCAAUGCAAAAACCACAUUAUGUCACUAUUAGAAAUAUUAAGGCAAUCGCAUUAGCAGAAAUGGGACGAGUAGAUGACGCUUUGCCGGUUUUGAAAGCUGUAAUGGAUAUAGAUUUGCCUGAACAAAAUCAAAAACAUACAUUCUUUGAUGAAACUAUAUCGAAGGUGAGAAGUUGUGUUGAGAAAACGGAAAAUAAAGAUUUACAAAAGGAGUUUGAAAAUAUUGAAAAGGCACUCAGAGAUAGAGAUCUUAUAGAUAAUCAGACGUUAGAUUCGUUGGUGACGUCAGAGAUAAAUUUAACAAACAGGAACACGAGGAAGCUACAAGGCAUGCCACAGAUGCCUUACGGUAUGAGGAAAAAUAGACAGAACACAAGAGAAAAUAUGGUGUGAUUGAUGUAGUUUUUACAAAGACCACUGAUUACUAAGAAAUAUCCUAUUAAGAAUGAUUGCAAAUCUGUUUUGUUUAUAAAAAUCUAUUGUUUAAUUUUUUUGUCACUUUAUUUGCAAAGUGUGAAAUUUUAAAAGUGAUUCUGUAAUUAAAGGUAUGUGUCAUUGAAUAGUUGAUCUAUACAUAGGAUGGGAUAUUCCGAGUAUUAAAAAAAACUAGUGUCAGUAAUUAAAAAAAUAAAAUUCAAUGAAAUCACUGGAAAUGUUUAAAAUAUAGACGUUGGAAAACAAUGUAUACAAAAUGUAGUGUAAAUUGAUUACAAAUCUACAAAG